AAGCACAUUUUAAUCUCUUGAGCCGGCAGCUUUAUUAGUAAGCGUUCCCCAAUCUUCAGGGAAAUCUAAUUUCACAAAUAGAUCAGAGUCACUUCAAACGCAGCUUUCAGUUGCCAUCCACCGGGGGACAAACGGGGAGGAGGAAGUUUGUCAGAAAAGACCCUCUCUGAGCCCAAGAGUGAUUACCAGAGGUGUCUCCAUCGACUGCCACCCACCUAAAGUCGAUAGUACUCAAAUGAGUACGCCGGUGUGGACUAUAUAAGAGAAGCGCAUGGCCCAGAAGGGCGCAUCCCCCAUCUCCGGGCGCAGCACCGAGCGCCCCACUCCGCGCCCGGCGGAGCCUCCGCGGGGACACGGGCUCUGCCACGGCGGCACAGGACCUCGCUCCCCAGCCCGCACGCACCCAGCCGGACUCGCCUCUGCCUGAAGCGCCGCAGAGAUGCGAGGGGCGAAGAAGCGGCAGGCGCUGCCCGCCAUCGUGCUCCUGCUGCUGGCCUCGGCCCCGCCGCCGCCGGGCGCCGAGGGCAGGGACGUGCCCGCCGCCGGAGCCGAGCGGGGGGCGCUCCUCGACAUCCUCCUCCAAGCCCUGGGCGACGACGGCCGCCCGCUGCCGCCCCGCCCGCCGCGGAGGGACCGGGUGAUCUCCCGGCGGUACAGCGGCGGCGGUGCCCCUCCGACAGACCCCCGCGCCGCCGCCGCCGCGCCGCCGCCCCCGCGGCUCUUCGCCGCCGCCCGGCACGGAGAAAUUUUUCCAAGAGAUUCCAGUCUAAAAGACAAGUUCAUAAAACAUUUUACAGGGCCAGUCACGUUUUCCUCAGAGUGUAGCAAGCACUUUCAUCGACUGUAUCACAACACAAGGGACUGCUCAACACCAACCUAUUACAAAAGGUGUGCAAGAUUGCUAACGAGAUUAGCAAUGAGCCCUUUGUGUACACAGUCCUAGGAUGUUUGCUAUACUUUCUACCAAGGAGAGAAUUCUGAUUUGCCAAGAAAGUGCCUUGAAAUCUUCAAAAAUGGAGAAGACAUCUUUUAUCUUUUUGAUUUACAAUGUUUUGUUACUAGAUGCAUUUUAUUUUCAUAUAUUUGUCCGACAUUCCAUAAUUGUGUGAAACAUUAUUUUAUUUUGUAAAUUUGUUGCCUAUAGUUCAGACAAGCCAAUUAUUUAAAUACAUUGUAUAUGAAGAAUACUAAUGAUAUACUGAUUAAAUGUUAUAACCGUAUGCAGGGAGUUGGUAAAAUUUUGCUGUUUCUCUUGUUCCGUUGUAUUUACAUUGUUCUGCUCAGGCUCUUACUCUCAUUAUUUGCACUAACUUGAAAUGCAGAAGUCUGUGUAACUGAAAUCUGAAUAAGCUGUAAGUGGGGAAGUUUUACUUGCCAUGGAAGAUAUUUUAUAUUAUGAAGCUUUGUUAAUAUAUACAUAUAUAUUAUUGUGCAUCAGAAAAAAAUUUGCUCAGAAGUGCACCUUGCUUUCAGGAACAUUUGUACGACUAUUCUGGAUUUUCAUCAGUUACAUUUGUACUGGCACUUAUGGAAAGAGUUGCAAAUAAUGUAAAUAUAAAGACUGGAAAACUGCAAUGCAGUUUUGGUGGAAUAAAGAACAUAAAAAUAAACUAUUUUACAGGAGGGGUUAUUUAAGUAUAUUAAGAGGUCACUUAUUUAAUAUAUAUUUAAUCUACUCAUGAACUUGAAAUAAUCCUCCACUAAGAACUUCAAACUUGUGGGUUUAGUAUUUUACAGCAUUUCAUUUUCAUGAGGUAAUUUUUUUUAAGUCAUUUAUUCUUCAGUUGAAUCAGGUGUGAACAAAAAUGCAUCAUGUACCUAGUGUGAACAACAGAAAACAUCUACAAGUGUGCAAAGAGGGUAAUAAAAAAGUCUAACAGGACAAAAAUGCUUUAAAGUAUAAUACCACAAAUCCAAAGGGUAUAAUGAAUGAAUUUUGCUGGUGAUAUAUCAGUCUUAAAUAUUUGGGAAGACUCCAGGGUAAAACUGCUACAUAUUUUUUAUUUAAAAUCUAAUUGUAUCGGUCACAUUUGCUAUCCAUUUGCUACCUCAUCUCUUUUAUUGCAAGCUCAUGUGAUUGCUUUACAAAGAACCUAGUAUCCUGUGGAGGUUUUACAGUCAGAUCCAGAGUAAUUGACAGCACACAUUGAUUACUAUGCUCAAAUCACAAUUCUUGAGAUUAACUGACCAUUCAAGAUAAUCCCUUCAGAUUAAAUAUUAUCUCUAACCUUUCCCUCACUGUGGGUUUAAUGAGCCUCUUAGCUUCUAUGCCCAGCACUUUCCCCACUACAGAAUAGCAGGGAAACUUUGCCCUGGGAUUCCUCAUCAAAUAGCAAAGAGUUGCCUUGUUAUCCAAAGGGGUUUUCUUCCUUCUUUCAAUUUGUUCAGUGUAUUACUGCACCGAAGCUGUGCAGUGUCCUGUGAUGCUCUAAGCAGUCCAACCCACAACUUUUAGAAGCACUUACUCCAUCUGUAGUCCCAGCUAGGAAGUUGUCCUGUGCUCUUUGUGAUUAACUGGAUUGGUUUUCUAACUUUCUGCAAUCAUGUUUUUUUGGUAAAAGCAAAGUUUUCAAGUCUCCUUAUAAUUCAUUUUUGAAAGCAAUAUUCAUACUGAAAAUCCCAGUGAUUUGAAUGGUGAGAAGGAUGUCUUUGGAUCUCUGUGGGUAACAUACUUCAUAGAAGGAUUGUUGGCCAAAACACUUCAGUGGAGGACAAAGGAUGAGGCUCAGAACAGACAAUCAGUCUCCAAGAAAAGCAUUUGUCUUUAGUCCUACUUUGAUUUUUCCACUCUGGCUUGCUAGAUUCUCAGUCUGAAAAAAGUUUGUCCUUUCUUUCCUCAAGGGACUGGAAAGAAUUCAAGUAUUUUUGGGGUUUUUUUUCUGAAAAUUACUUUUUGUGAUAUCUAAAUUCCAAUGACAAGACCUAAUUUGGGUUAUUUAAUACAAUUUUUGAGCUCAAAUCUAAUGUGCUAAAUCAAGAGCUUCACCUUUGAAAAAAAUAAAGAAAUCUUCCUUCUAUUGAGUUGAAAAGUGAUCAAGUCCCUAUCUUAAAGAAGAUCCACAGAUGUUACAAAUUUGCAAAACAGAGAUUAGUAUGACAAGUUAAAAUAUUUGUGAGGGAAAAAAAGAAAUAAUGAAAUUAUUAAAGUGAUAAAAUCCCACAUUUUUUUUCCAGAAGUCAAAUGGCUUAGAUUUAUUUUUUUUUUCUGGAAAAAAAUUAUUCUUUGAGACAUUUGUGUCAUGAAUCCUUUCUUUUUCUUUGGUCCCUUUUUGAUGCUCAGUGUGCUCUAAGUAGCUGGAAAUGCACCCAACUUUUUUCAAACCAUCCCUCUACACAUUAGUUUAUCACUAUACUUCAUCAUGAUGGAGUAGAUGCAGGGAUGCUAAAGAUACCAGGAUGCAAAAGUUAGUAGCAGAAAAAUCAUGAAGUAGCACAACACAGUAACUUUCCUGUUUAACCUGAAACGCAAGUUAUAAGAUCUGUUAAUGGUCCUACAUUUUAGAAAUUAAGUCUAGAGGGUGGUUUUUGGAAACACAGUAAAGAAGCAAAUGCCAUAGAAGCUGAGAGGAGAUGAUGCACUCAAGUAAAUUGCAGUUUUGUCAUGUUUUCACAUGAUCUUCUUUUUUCAGAUCUUCUUUUCAGAUCUUCUUUUAUUUUUUUCUCAUGCAAUUAAAUAAAAAAUAUUUUGGCUUCAGAAAUACUUCUGAUAAUGGCUUUUCCCAUUACUGUGUUGUUCUUGCAUUCUCAAAAUUUUUUGUCUAAUUUUUAUCCUAGUGGAGAAUAUUGGAUAGAGAUAGGGCCAGCAUCUACUGUAGUGCCUCAACCCAAUUUUUUGCUCUACUAAACUGUUCACCUUUUUCAGACAACUUCAUUGUUGAAAAUUGUUUGUUGCUCCAGACUUUUGAAUUACUAAAGAAAACCACUGUCGGCAAAUACUAUUUUCAUCUGACAUAUUGUAGAGAGAAGGCCAACAGCCAACAGCAUAAGGCCAACAGCAAUUUAACCUGGAUCUGUGUCAAUGGAGGCUACAACCCAAAGUUGAGUUUUGUCUUCAUUGCUGAGAUCAUCUUAAUUUUUUAUCACAAGACUGUAAAUUUUUCCUAGUCUGUGCUUUGAGUGCUAUACAAAUGCAGGACAGAGAUCUAAUUCUCAUCUCAGACAGGUUAAAGCCACAGAGUAAAACAGUGUGAGGAAAGUGUACAUGAAAACAACGAACUUUUCUUGAUCGGUGAGGUGGAAAGCAACUCCAUUGUCAGCUGUCUAAGUGCAUCACUUGGAGAUUUGACAGCAGAGGGCAAGACAGUCAAGCAGAGUUUUAUAAGGAGCUCUUCCUGUGAUGAGGGUUCUCAUUGUAGAGGGGCUUUUCUAAAAAAAAUUAGAAAACCCCAAUGCUGCACAUAGGAACCCAGCAUUUCCCACACAGGAAAUAAGUGAUGGUAUGAACAUCUUGUAAAGUGUUAGAAACUGAAAUCUUAACAUAGAAUGAGACAUUAGUUUUAAAAAGAAAAUUAUACCAUGGAAGAAACCAAAAAUGAGAUUAAGCAAAAAUGUGGAAAUGUUUAACUGCAAGGUUCACCUUGGACACAUGCACUGGUCACCUAUUGUGAAGACCAGCAAAAGUGUUGGGAGAGUAACUGAGAUGUAAAACAGCAAAAUGAAUAUAUGUUCAGAUCAUAUAUAAAAGAGUUUAUUAAUGGUUAUGUUGGUUUGCAGCUGCAGGAGGAAAUGGGUGAAGUUGGGACAUUAGAUAGAUAAAUACACCUGGCAUGGGAGAUGUAGAAAUCCUAAUUAUUUCAAUAUGACCAAAGAAACCAGCACUUCACAGACAUUCUUUUUAUCCCACCUGAUUCUCCUUGUCCACCAUGGGAUCUCUGAUUCACCUGGGUAGCAAGUAGCUUGUACUGGUCAGCAGAAAUAAAGAUGCUGCUUACCGACCUGUCAGAGUUAUCCAGCACAAGAUGGUUUGGCAUGAGAGGCUCUGACCUGUGACAACUGGUCAGUGCAGAAGACCAGGAUGAGUAGCUGCCAUGCUGGGAAAGGAAGUGUUUGCCUGUAAUAUGCCCCACUGCUCUCACCAUCCCAUUAUCAGGACCUACCUGCACUGGACUUGAGCUGGGAAAGAUAGCUAUGGAGAAGCAAAGGAGAGGUACAAAUAAAAAGUGAGGGUAGGCAGCACUUUGUACUCUGGAGUAUGGGUUUGAAUUCCCUAGGCUAAUAUUUGCUGCUGGUCUAGAUUUAAUUUCUUUCCUCCCCCAUCAACCAUACAAUAGCUGAACUUGCCACCUAGUCUUAACCUCCUCACUGUCUCUACAAAUAUGAAAACCUUAUCCUGGCUCACAGACAGAUAUAAAAAAAAAAAAAAAAAAAAAGAAGCUAUAAUCAUUAAAAGUCCACCAAAGAAAGAGCAUGGUGCAAAUAAUCUACAAAGCCUUCAUGUAGCUUCACUGUAAGAUGAUAAUUCUUGAAUAUUUUCAGACAGACAAAUUUAUACCAUUUUAUAGCAUGGUUUUUGCUUUUAGACUCAACGAUGAGUAUUUUUUUCAACCAUACUAGCAUCACUUUACUAUCCAUGCAGAAUGUUAUUAAUGUAAUUACACUCUACAAUGUAAUGAGUCUAAUUAAUUUAGCUUUGGUGCUCAUUUGACUUAUCACUCCUGUACUUCUAUGCAAGUGCAGUAAUUCUGCCCCUUGCUUUAGUAGUUGAUUCGUUUGCUUACUUGCAGUAUUAAAAAUUUUUGUUCCUGCCUUUAUUUCUUAAAAAAGUAGUCUUGUAAUUAGAAUUGCUGUCCAUUUUUACAUUGAAUAAGGUAAUUUUUACAUUUUAUGUAUGAAGCAACCAGUUCAAGGAAUAAUUAUUUAUUCAUUUACUACAAACAAAACUGUUAUCUUUAUUUGAAAUCUUCACUGAUGGUCAUGCACUUCUACUUAUAAAGCACAUUUUGCAGUAGUCUUCUGUUCUCUGCAAUAUGAACUCCAUUUAUGCCA